UAGACGCUUUUAGAAAACGGGCGUUUUCCUCCCACUUGGGUGGUAAAGUGCUGCUUGCUGCUACCAGUAUUAAAGGUGUAUGUGUGAGUGUGUGCAAAGAAAAAGCUUGAGGUAUUAGGAUGGGAUGCAACAUGCAGUUAUUGAUGCUGUGCGAGAUUGAUUGUGAAUGAUUUCUGAACGAUUCACGGCAUUAUUCCAAUGAAAUUCGUCAGAGCUAUCGUGAAUCAAGACGAGGAAAGUGAUUUCCCGAACAAACCUCAUUCGUGAAGUCAGUGAAGGAAACGCAAUGGAUAUGACUCCUAAUCAUGCUCCCCUUCCACCGCGACUGCAGUAUGUGUAGUGUUGUGAGUGUGUGAAAUAUAUGUUUAUUUACAUUCAAGCUAGUGUAUGUUACUAGAAAAGCUCGGAGAAUGGGACAUUGAGCGUUCAGAGGAGUACGCGAAGUGAGACAAGGCUAAUUUUUGCCCUUUAGCAGCCAUGCAGAGCGAAUCCAGAAAUGGGAUGGGUUUAGCUAGCUUAAACACUAUGGGACACUAAUUCGCUGUUUCAAUGUAUACAUACCAAAAUACUACACCCAGCCAUGCAGGAAGCUGCACGUUGCAGCAUAAGCCGUGGGAUGCCGCCAAUAUCCAGCGAUAUAAAUAAGCAAUGUAAACACAGUUGGAGGAACAUCAUAAAUCGGCACAAGGAGAGUGCGGACGAAGGAAAAUAAAAAUGAAUGCGAAGCCGGUUGUACCGUCGGUGAUGAUGAUGGUUCUAGCAGAUGCUGGCAUAAAUCUCGAGACUCAAUCUGCGAGCAUGGCGGCUUCGGCGGCGACGGCGGUGGCAUGAGUUUUAGUGCAAUAAUUGGCUGUAGUAGUGUUGACCGAACAGCAGUGGAUAGUGGGAUCAAAAUUUCCAUUUAACGACCUUGAAUCGGCAAUCAUACGGAAUUGCUGGAAUUGGCAACAAAUCAGAAAAAAGAGUGUGUGACAUUGGGUAGAAUAGUGUGGCAGUCAUUUGAAAGAAAAACCGUUCAGUUGUGAAGUGGAAAGUGGCUUACAGAGCAGUGCAACGAUGGCCGUUCAUAUUAUGGACGAGGAUCACUUCGCAAUCAGUGCAAUCGUGACGGUGGCAAUGCAGAUUAUAUUCUUCCUGAUCGCUGCCAUUUUUCAGUUGGAUAAGCUAACGGAUUUUGCGGGUGGAGUAAACUUUAUCAUCAUUGCCUUGUUGACCUUUUUUUUGGGUCAAAUCGACAGAACAUUGAAGCCUUACGAUAGCCGACAGCUGAUGGUGACCGUGUUUGUUUGCUUAUGGGGUGCGAGAUUGUCGGGAUAUCUGCUCUAUCGAAUUGUGAAAAUUGGACGCGACAAACAGUUUGAGGACAACCGAAGAAAUGUUAUACGGUUCGCUGUGUUCUGGACGUUUCAGGCCAUUUGGGUGUUUGUCGUUUCGCUGCCAGUGAUCAUCAUCAACUCGCCCCGGCACUCGAUUCCCCGAGCACCCAAAACAAUGACGACGCUGGAUUCCGCCGGUACCGGUAUGUUCAUAACUGGCUUGCUAGCGGAAACGUACGCCGAUCUGCAGAAGUUUUCCUUCCGCCAGGAUCCGAUUAACCAGGGCAAAUUUUGUAAUGAUGGACUCUGGCGGAUGUCGCGGCAUCCCAACUAUUUCGGCGAGAUCGUUAUUUGGUGGGGAAUCUUCGUUAUCUCGCUGAACGUAAUCGAUGGCAUCGAAUGGGUGGCAAUCAUGUCGCCAAUCUUCACAACCCUCAUCAUCUUGUUCCUGUCGGGUAUUCCGGUGCGAGAGCGGUCGGCGGACGAGAAGUACCGAGAUGAUCUGGAAUAUCGAAAGUACAAAGCGUGUACCUCGCCACUGAUUCCAAUCCCACCGGCAAUCUAUUCGGAGGUUCCAAGGGCGCUGAAGUUCAUCUUGUGCUGUGAGUUCCCAUUCUACAAUUCUUUGGACAAACGGAGAAAAGAGGAGGGCCCAUUUGCCAUGACUACCUCUAUAUCAGUGGCUCACUCACAUUCGACACACACAUAGCAAUCGGGAGGCGGACAACAUAACCACAAUUAUCCUAUGUCGUCGUCACACCAACACCACCAUCACCACCACCAGCAUGCCCAACCUCAUCAAGGUGGGGGAUCCUCAAAAGACCGAAACUCCAUCGGGCGAGCGGCUAGUUAUUCGUCGAGCCACCGCAGCGGUAGCGAACGGCGCGGUGAAAAGUCGCUCCACGGCAGUCGUGACUUUGAGGACAUCGUUCCGGAACGGAUUACCUGCAUUACCAGCUGCGAUGGCAACUAUAUCACCGGCUCGGCACAGAUUACUACAAUUUUGUGAUCUCGUUCACUGUUCAAUGUUAACUACUGCUAUACAAACGGUAUACAUAGACAAAAAGCGUUAUAUGAAAUUGUGUUUAGAGAUUUAUUGGUUAAUGGUUGCAGCAUUGCGUUAAAUUUAAGAUAAAAGUGAGAAAAUGCCAACUUUGAAUUGCCAAGAGCGCCAGCGCUUGAUUCUGAAUUACUGCAAGGAGAUCUUGGAAGAAGUUAACAUCUAAUAAAAAUUGGACUUGAAAAUUGAUACCUACACUGGCCUAUUUACAAAACCCUAUGCGUUGUAGCUUUUGUCUCUUUCGAGUAAUUUUCAGGUUUCUCACGGUAAAUCCCUCUAUAGAAAUCAAACUACGAUUACUUGAUUCUCCUGUAGCUGCCUAGUAGAAAUAUCAAAUCAAAUAUCUGAAAAAGGUUCAACAGAAUAUAAACUAACACACAAUACUCUCAACGUGUUAGAAUGCAGGUGAAAACAAAUUGGAGAGCUGCAGAGCUGAUUUCGAUGCAAGUAUCGCUAUCAUAUAGUGGUACACUUGUUGAACAACGGUGGUGGAAGCUUUGAUGUUACUUAAUUCACCCACUUUGAACCGACUGUUACUGUGUACCUUUGGUUCCGUUUUGGCUUCUCAGUCUAUUGUUGACCGAAGCAACUAUACAUAUGUUUUCUUGGAUCAAUAGGUGAUUUGAUUUACAACAGACUGAGUAGCCAAAACGUAAUCAAAAGUAACUUAAUUCAGUCACAAUAAAGUUGCUGCGCUUUUCUGCGGCAUUAGUGUGCUGGGUAGGGGUAAGAGGGGCACAAUGAACCGGUGGGGCAGAAUGAGCAUUCCGCACUCUAGUCGCAAACCUCUAAUUGUUCGAAACAAAUUAAUUGUAUAUCAC